CAAUUUACUGUCUGUCUGUCAGGAGAGUUGAGAGCAGAGCAGCCAGGCGGACAGACAAACUUUCCUCGCCUCCGCCUCCGCCUCCGCCUCGCCUGCCUGCCAUUUCGCUACGCGAAGCAAAGCCUUCCUACACAAACCCGCGGCCCUCCCCUCCAGGCUCCAGCUCCAUCCACCAGCAGAAUCCCCAGCAGCCGAGCCACAAUGCCGCCCACCGAUUCCUCCUCCUUCCGCCGCUCCCUCCGCCGCGACCACAACCAGAUCCACGCCGCCGGAGACUCCGACCUCGACGCCGCCGACGCCUUCCAGCGCCGCGCCGCCGACCUCCUCACCGACCUCCUCGCCGACGACCCCGACCUCCUCUCCCUCGCCUGGACCACCCUCCUCCUCGACGCCUUCCUCCUCUGCCUCGACGACUUCCGCGCCCUCCUCUUCGGCCCCGGGGCCGCCGCCGCCGCCCGCCCCCCGCUCGACCGCCUCCUCGCCGACUUCUUCGACCGCGCCGUCAAGGCGCUCGACCUCUGCAACGCCGUCCGCGACGGCCUCGACCUCCUCCGCCAGUGCCGCAACCACCUCGCCAUCGCCGCCGCCGUCCUCUCCGCCCCCGCCGCGCCGCCAGGGGAGGCCCAGAUCCGCCGCGCCCGAAAGGCGCUCACCGACCUCACCAUCCUCAUGCUCGACGACACCGCCGGGGGCGUCGUCGGCCAUCACAACCGCUCCUUCGGACGCGCCACCAAGGACGCCCGCCCCCAGCCCCCGGGACACCACCGCCGGACCAGCAGCGGCGGCAGCUCAGGCUCAGGCUCCGCCUCCCAUCUCAGGUCCUUGUCCUGGAGCGUCUCGCGGGCCUGGUCCGCCGCGCGCCAGCUGCAGGCCAUCGGCGGGGGCCUACCGGUGCCCCGCCCGCACGACAUCGCCGCCACAGGAGGCCUGGCUUCCGCUGUCUACGCCAUGGGCGCCGUCCUCUUCAUCGUCGCCUUUGCGCUUGUCGCCGCAAUCCCCUGCCAGGACCGCGGCCUCCAGGUGCAUUUCUCGGUGCCCAGGACCUUCCCCUGGUCUGCACCCGUCACCGCGCUCUACGACCGCAUCAUCGACGAGUCCAAGAACAAGGACCGCAAGCACUCGUGCGGCCUGCUCAAGGAGAUCCACCAGAUUGACCUCUGCUCCAGGCACCUCAUGGACGUCACUGACACCGCCGACUUCCCAUUACCCGAGGACAAGGAUGCUCAGCUGCAAGAGGCCGCGCAGGAGCUGGUGCAGCUGUGCCGAUCGCUCAAGGACGGCCUCGACCCUCUUGAGCGCCAGGUCAGGGACAUGUUCCACCGGAUUGUGCGCACCCGCACAGAAAUCCUCGACUGCUUGAGCAGGCCCCAUGGCACAGAGUGAUGCCGCUUCCCCUUGAUGGAAAAUCGUGUCAACUGUCACGGCUUCACUGAUCGAAAUGAGGUAGCUUUUCUUAGCAGCUACUAUGCAUAUGUCUGCAUAGAGGCGUGCGUGGCCUUUGGAUAAAUCGGUUUCUUUCUCUCUUUUUUUAUUUCAUUUUAACCUUUGUAGAUUGUGAAUCCUUACUUGGCAGUGCUUCGUAGUAAUAUUUGUUCCAUUCUUUUCAUCUGGGCUGAAUUGGUGGUAAUGUCAGUCGCUUCAGGGAUUGGUUUAUGUUCAUGGUUAUUAGUAAUUAAUUAUUAGUAAUGUUUAUGUGGAACACUGAA